GUGAUGACGGUAGAGGUAGACGGUUUUGGGCACUUUUGUGCUCAUCGCAAAGGCAAAACGAGUGCAGUUGAGCUUUGUAAUCCGACGCAGGACGACCGCGGACAAACCAUGCGUACUGCCGUUCCGUACCAGUGUUCACCAUCCAGUGGAUGGCCUGUGAAGUAGGUGGUUUUACAAUCACUUUUCAUAUUCCCCACAAGCGUGUUUGUACGUGGUAUACGGCGUUGGUGAUAAGUGAUCGUGAUUUUAUGUAGGAAAUGUAUGAAAAAUUGAUCAAAGCAAGCAGCGGCGCUUGCAAACCGAGAAAAAAGAUAAGCGUGUUGCGAAGUGCUGGAGAAUAGUGAGAUCGGGAAAAACAGGAGAGAGACACAUCAACAGAAACAACAAAAAAUACGCAAAGAAACAGUGAAAGUGUGUGUGUGUACGCCCGCGUAUGUGAGGGUAAGCGUAUGUGUGUGCGUGUGUGAAACUGGUAUGUGUGUGUGUGUGUACAAUUCGUGUUGGCAUACUCGUUCUUAGUGAGCAAAUAGUGAAGAAAAUCCCGCUAGAAUUUGUGAGCAUGAGCGCGAAACAGGCAGGAUAAAGCAAGUUCUACACAACCAAACCCCGAAGAGAUAGUGACGUGAGAGUGUGUACGUGUUGGUGUGAGUGAUUACCGUUGAGUGUAGAAGAAAGAGAAAGAGAAAGAGAAACAUAAUAUUGCAGUGGGUGACGGAAAAAAGAUCGAAAAAGAAACCCCAGCAUUCGGUGCGUGAGUGAAGACAAGAUGGCGUCGGUACGUGUGGAGGAACAUACAACCCGUGCGAGCGAUACGAAAGCGGAUGGAAAUGGAGUUGUUGGCGGUAGUUCCCAGACUAGCGGAGAGGCAGAAUGUGUAUCCAUUAUGGAAAGUGCGGCACCACUUUUGGAAGGGGCCAAUGUGAUUAGAUUAUCCGCGAGGAGAAAAUGCAAGAGAAAACAGCGAGAACAGGCGUCGUGUGGGAUGGCAGUGGGUGGAUCCUUUGCGAGAGCGAAACCGACUGCGGAAUUAACCCUUCGGCAACGACAGUAUCGUUCUACAGACCACAGUAAUUCCAUUAAAAGCCCUAAUCACCCGGACAAUAAUAUAUGUAUCGUAGCGGAGAAGGGUGCCAACGUACGGCAGCGCAACAGCUCUCUCAAGCAAUCAGCUCUGGGCAGUGAGGCAUCGAGUGCGGACAAUAAAAGCAACUACCAUUGCCAGCAACCGCUGAGGACGGCGACAGUGCCCGUGGCGACAGCGCUGACUUCCGAGAGCAAAGCGCAGCAAUCGUUUGACCUCGCUUCAGCCCCUGCAGCAUCAUCGUCGUCUUUACCGUUUAGCCUGCCAAAGAUUCUGAGCAAUGCCAUGGCAACAGUUCGGCUGCCCAAGUUGCUAUUGCUAGGCCUAAUGCUGUCCCAGCUAGGGUGCGGAUGUUCCGGGUUCGUGCUGGACGGAUCGCAGAACAGUUUUGCACAAUUCCGCAAAUGGUAUACCGGGUUGAAUGGGUCACUGGAGCUCGAGUUCAAGACGGAGCAGCCGAAUGGGCUCGUGCUCUAUACCGACGACGGUGGCACGUUCGACUUCUUCGAGCUGAAACUGGUUGAGGGAGCCCUUCGACUUCGGUAUAAUCUUGGUGGAGGCGCACAAAUCAUUACUGUCGGUCGGGAUCUUCACGAUGGCCACUGGCAUAAAGUGCAGGUAAUGCGCAACGACGAGCACACAACCCUGACCGUCGACGGUGUCUCACAAAGUCGCAGCUCGCGAGGGAAGGAGUUUCUGUUCGGCAAGUUCGCCACCAACUCGGACGUCUUUGUCGGUGGUAUGCCAAACUGGUACAACACCAAGCUUGCCCUGUUGGCACUGCCCAGCGUCAUCUUCGAGCCAAGGUUCAGAGGAUCGGUAAGGAAUCUGGUCUACUCGGACCAGCCGGGCGUAUCACCCAGGCGACAAGAGAUGCGACAACCGCGGGAUAUCAAGUGCGGAGAUUCACCCUGCGAUUUGACAGCAAUGCCUCGAGAAAAAGUCACACGGCAACUUCGAACCAACGUUACUGAUGCCUGCGAGCGCCACGAUCCUUGCCAGCAUGGUGGCAUCUGCAUAUCGACUGACUCGGGCCCGAUCUGUGAGUGCCGCAACGUGGAAUACGAAGGAACCUACUGCGAGCGAGACAAAGCACCGUCGGAGGCAACGUUCCGGGGCACCGAAUUCCUUUCGUACGAUCUGGGACAGACGGGCGGGGAACCGAUCGUUAGCGCCCAGGAUGCCAUCACGCUCUACUUUCGUACCCGCCAGCCGAACGGGUUGCUGUUCUACACCGGUCACGGAACUGAUUAUCUGAAUCUGGCUCUGCGUGACGGUGGUGUUUCGCUGACCAUGGGCCUAUCGAACGGGAAGCAAGAAAUGCACAUCAAACCAUCCCGCGUACGCUUCGACGACCAUCAAUGGCACAAAGUUACGGUUCAUCGGCGAAUCCAAGAGAUCUCAUCGAUAACGAGCUUCUGUCGGCUGGUCGCCGUUGUGGACGAUGUGUACACGGACCAUUCGCACAUUGCCGGCAAGUUCACGAUGCUUUCGUCGUCCCGCGUGUACGUGGGUGGUGCAGUUAAUCCUCGGGCCCUUCUGGGAGCCCGUGUGCACAACAAUUUCGUCGGCUGUCUGCGUAAGGUGGAAUUUUCUGCCGAUACGCUGCGGUUGAAUCUGAUCGAUCUGGCGCGCACCGGAUCGAAGCUGAUACAGGUUGCCGGACGCGUGGAUUAUACGUGUCCAUCUGGGGACCCGCAGGAUCCGGUUACAUUCACCACGCGAGAAUCGUAUCUGCUACUGCCACCGUGGGAUGCGUCCAAGCAGGGCGUGCUGUCAUUUAAAUUUCGCACAAACGAGCCAAACGGAUUAAUAAUCCUCAACACAAUGACCCGGGCCCCGAAGAGUAACUUCUUCGCGGUCGAGCUGCUGAACGGGCACAUCUACAUCCAUAUGGAUCUCGGAUCGGGAGCGGUCAAGGUGCGUGCGUCGCGACGUCGCGUGGAUGACGGCGUCUGGCACGAGCUGUCACUGCGUCGCAAUGGCCGCGACGGCAAGGUCGGCGUUGACGGGCAGUGGAAUGAGUUCCGGACGCCGGGCGAAGCGUCCCAGAUGCAGCUGGACAGUCCGAUGUAUAUUGGCGGCAUUGGGCCACCGUACGCCGAGAUCUACAUUCCACCGGCGAUCUGGACGGCGACACUGCGCCAGGGUUUUGUCGGCUGUUUGCGCGACCUAACGCUUUCGAGCAAACCAGUGGAUAUAGCGCACAUCGCACGGCAGCAGGACUCAGCUGCCAUCAAACCGUCCUGUCACGUGAUAGCUAAUCAGUGCGGUGGACAGGUUUCACCAUGCCAGAACGGUGGCCAGUGUACCGAGGGAUGGAACCGUCCGCUCUGCGACUGCUCGGCCACCCUUUUCACCGGACCGACGUGUGGUCGCGAGUCGGCAACGCUCGCCUUCAACGGAUCGCAACAUAUGGCCGUAUGGAUCGGGGGCACACAGGGUAGCCGCACCCAGACGGAGGAGCUGGUCAUACGCUUCAAGACAUCGCGACCCGCAGGUUUGCUGCUGCUUACCAGCGCCGAGUCCAGCUCGUCCGAUCGGCUAGAGAUCGGACUGGUAGCUGGCCGUGUUCGGGCUAAUGUGCGACUAGGAGAUCGCGAAAAGAACUUACUCGCUGGUCUGACCGUGCUUAACGACAACAACUGGCACACGGUGAGAUUCUCUCGCCGUGCGUCCAAUCUGCGGCUGCAAGUUGACGGGACACAGCCCGUCAGGGGUAUGUUAUCUGAAGCGAUCCUCGGCCGACACAGCACGCUGGAAGUCAAAUCGAUACACCUCGGUGGGCUGUUUCAUGCGGAGGAAGAGAUCCAGAUGACGGCGGCAAUGCCUAACUUCGUGGGCCAGCUGCAAGGAUUCGUGUACAACGGGCAUCGAUACAUCGAUCUGGUGAAAUCACUCGGCCCAGAGCUUUCCUCUCUGCCCACGACUACGUUCAAGCUGACCGCACGGUUUGUAAAUUCACCACCCGGGUCACCGUACCUGCCGGCAACGUUCCGCUCGAAGCAUUCGUACGUCGGGCUACCGAUCCUGAAGGCAUACUCUUCCGUGUUUGUCGAUUUCCGCUUCAAAACGCUCGAGCCGAACGGUCUGCUCUUCUACAACGGUGGCAAACGGUCCGACUUUGUGGCGGUCGAGCUGGUGAACGGGCACAUCCACUACGUGUUCGACAUGGGCGAUGGGCCGAUCACGCUGCGCGACAAGGCCCGCAUCCACAUGAACGACAACCGGUGGCAUUCGGUGAGCAUCCGGCGACCCGGGCCCAAAACACACACCCUUGCGGUGGAUGAAUCGAUCGAGAUCUACACGGCCAGCGGCAACAAUAUGCAUCUCGAGCUGGAAGGCAUCCUGUACGUCGGGGGCGUGUUCAAGGAUAUGUACUCGCGACUGCCCUCCAGCAUUGCGUCUCGAUCCGGCUUCGAGGGAUGCAUCGCGUCGGUAGAUCUUGCCGACACGUCACCCAGCCUGACAGAGGACGCCGUUGUGCCGAGCUCGCUGGUGGUUUCCGGUUGCGAGGGACCGACCAAGUGCAGCCAGAAUGCCUGCGCCAAUCGGGGCGUCUGCGUGCAACAGUGGAACGCGUACGCGUGUGAAUGUGAUAUGACUUCCUUCACCGGGCCUACAUGCUACGAUGAAUCAAUAUCGUACGAGUUCGGAAACAAUAAGGGCCUCAUCCAGUACAAUUUCCCACCGGGACGCCAGCCUGACACGGAGGAGGACAGCAUUGCGCUCGGUUUCGUGACCACCAAGUCGGACGCAGUGCUGUUGCGCAUCGAAAGCUCGACGACACAGGACUACAUCGAGAUGGAAAUCGUGGAAGGAAAUGUGUUUACCGUGUACAACGUGGGCACCCAGGACCUACCACUCGGUGAGGUAGCAGUCAAAGUGAACGACAACAACUACCAUAUCGUACGGUUCACGCGCACUGGAGCGAACGCUACGCUGCAGAUCGACGACUACAACGUCCAGACGGUGUCAUCGAUCGGCCACCAGUCGACCGUGUUUACAUCGAUGGCCAACAUACAGGUCGGUGGCAAGAUCGCACGCAACGGACGUUCGCGUAUCGAGAGACCCUUCAGCGGUGUGAUCGCCGGCCUGUCCGUCAAUCGGCUGCGCGUGCUCGAUCUGGCCGCGGAGCGCGAUCCGCACAUCAACGUUCGGGGCGAUGUACAAUUGGUAACUGGCGUUUUAGAUAGAAAUGACCAAAGAAUGCAGCAGAACUCUUCCGAUCAUUUCAAGACCCCGGCCAGCGGCUACCCAGGAGUGAUGGACGAUCUGAUCUUCAGCGGAGCCGGCUCCGGUUGCCGCGGUGACGAUGAGGACGAAUGUACGCCCCCGUUCGAGAAUGGAUCCGGCGAUGAUCUGAUCACACCGGUGUACGUGCCGCCGACCAAGCAAACGGCCACCACGUCCUCCGGUGGCGGCAAGGAUGGAGCCAGCGGGCGAGCAAGGGGUAAGGCAGGCGAGAAACUGUGCGAUGACGAGGACUGUCUGCAUGGAUCCGGCAGCGGCGAGGUGACGGAGGUGUUCACAACUUCCACUGCAAGAAGCUCUGAAACGAGUCCCGAAAUGACGUACACCACGGUAGACUUUGAUCGGAAAACGGAUGGCACUCCAUCGUACACGACCCAGCGUCGCACGCCCGACACGUACUCAUCGUCCUCACACACCACCAGCGACCUGGACACGACGAGCGGUAUGAGCAGUGGCACUACAGGCAGUUACGGUGGCAGCAGCAGCAGCAGUGGUAGUAGUAGCGGCACCAGUGGCAACUACGGUAGCUCCAUCGACAGCUACGGCACAACGGUUUCGAUGGGAACGACCGGGUCCGGUACGACGACGGGCACAACGGCCAGCGGGCGGGUGGUAACCACCUCCACCGGCACAACGGUUGGGCUCAGCACGUACGGCUCUACCACGGCACAGCAGCACAUCCCGUCCGAAACGACCGUCAGCUACCGCGAUCGGGACCGUGAUCACAUCCGCGAAACGACCUACCCGCAAACACCGACCACGACCGAGGAGGAGAUAGUGGACGUGCACCUGCCAACGGACGACGAGGACGACGGGGAGGAACACCGUACCACUGUGCACCAAACGCCAAACGGUCGGCGCCCACCACCAGUAAAGGUGGCCGAACCGCCGAACCCCGAACCGGAGCAACCGUACCAGCCGCACCCGCAACCGUACCCGCCAACGCGCCUCCCCAAGCACAAGGGCGGCCGCAUCAACUCCGAGGCCGAGGAGCGUACGGCGAUGAUUAUCGGCAUUGUCGCUGGUGCCCUGAUUGCCGUCAUUCUCGUCAUUCUGCUCGUGCUGUGGAUCAAAUCGAACGGAGACCGAUCGUACAAAACGGAGCACGACAAGAGCGGGCUCUACGGGCAGGGACCGAGCGCGGCCCUGCUCGGUGGCUCGCACGGCAACUCGGGCACCCACAACGCGCACCACUACAACCAGCAGGCGCAGCAGGCCCAUCAUCAACCGCAGCAUCACCAUCAGCCGUCCGCUCCGCCGCACUACAACGGGCACCAUUCGAACGGAGGCAGCACGCUGCCGCUGAACGGUUCGCUGCGACAUCACGGACCCAGCAAUGGGGCCAUGGGUGCGGGCGGUGGAAUGGGCAUGGGCAGUGGAGGCAACAUGAGCAUGGGCUACGGGGGCUUAAACGGCAGCGGUAGCGAUAAGGGCAGUAUGCAAUCGGGUGGCGGUGGUGGCGGCGGCGGCGGUGGUGGAGGAGGAGGUGGCGGAGGUGGUGGAGGACAACCCCAGCGAAACAAGAGCCGCAACUCGAAGGACAUCAAGGAGUGGUACGUCUAAUGGGACUCUCACAAGUGAUAUGGCGCUAUCAAUGAUACGCGAGCGUUAGGGGGAGAAACGUCAUUUACACGCAACGCAUGUCCGCAUCAGCGCAGUUUGUGUGCGAUCGGAUCGGAAGGUUGAUAAUUGAUGAUAAUCCAAAUUCGAAUGCUAAAAACCGCAUCUACUUGGGUGGAUGCAGGCGUGUGUAAAAAGGAAUGUGCAGGCGAUCGAGUCCUUCUAAAGGCCGAUCCGCACCACCGGCAGUUACAGGGGGAGGGGCGGUUCGAGUGGAGCAGCAGCGGCCACCUCUAGUUAGGCUCAUCGUCCCGGGCAUGUGUACAUAGUCGAGUAGAAAAAAAAAACUUUUGCAAGUGAUGGAAUCAUUCGUGCUAAACGAUGGAUAAGCCGAGGAAGGAAUCGUGCAUGGCGAAAGAAAAUGGCACAAACCCGAAGAAAGGUGGAACGGGGGAGGAAAGUACGCAAAGUAAAUUGCAACAAAAAUAUAUACAUUGCAAAAGGAACAAACAUGACGACCCAACUGCUUGUAAAAAAAAGGUUUACCAAAUCACCCAACAAAAAUGCAAAUCGAAAAGUAGGAACAAUCCGUUAAAAGACGCGUCCUCCUCACACCGUGCAGCUAAUCAAUGGCUAAACGGUGCGUUGAGCACAAAUGGAUUAUGUUUUGCAUGUCGCUCAGAGCCACAAAAACAACAAUUACCCGCAAUAGAAUAGUGAAAGAUUUUAAGGCCGGUGGCAGUUUUUGGAUACACCAGAGUUUCUGCAGUGGGCAAAAAAUAUUCGAAACAACCACUACCCGAGUUCUCCUCCUGCCGUACAGAAUCCCGCAAUACACCGCAAAGAACCAAAAUACCGAACAAUUACGAUACGCUAAUUACGAAAGCGCUUACUAGGGAAGAAAGAAGAAGAGAAAAUGAAAUCAACCUGAAAGCUUUAGUACCAAACUAAGAAAUCGAGCACUGGGAUUGACAAAAUUAUUGUGGCAUUGUGGUUAUAAUUAUUACGAUAGUAGCAGUUAAGCUAACAAAACGAGAUACAUAUUUCAAAUGUUACCAAGGCCAGCCAGCUCGCGAUACUUUAACAAUGGGACGGUCAGUUCCACGCAGCCCCACGUCUGAUGGAACCGUUUGGUUUUAUCUUUUUCGUGCCGAUCAUAAUGCACCUUCUGCUGGUCGUUUUUUUGAGUGGGCAAAAGAGACCACUUUUUGUUGGCGCACCAAAGAUGCCCGUCUCCUCCCACUACUAAUAUGAGUUGUAGCUAUGGUUAGCUUUUGGAUAGUAACUCGCAACGGCCGAGAACAAUGAGUUACAAUUUGAAACACACAGUAAAACACACCAACAUGUUUCAAAAAAACAAUGACCCAUAAUUGGCACUCGCUGUGUCUGUGCGCAUGCUGGACCUAUGUCCAAUCAAUGCCACACAAAAAACACAGCAAAAAAGCUAAAUUAAACUGAAAAUUCAAUCUUAUUGAACCAUGCACCAAAGCGUGUGUAGAGUAUGACAAAACACAAACGGUGGAUGGCGAGCGGGUUCAUCUACGCUAGAGUUAAGCAUGAUUACAACACCGUGUUCCGGUACAAGCAAAUUGUUUUUUCUGCACAAAUUUACUCUAAUUGUAAGAAACAUCGAUGAAAACCGCUCCCCACGUUUCCUCGCCCUCUGCAAGGGUUUCCCAACAGAAGAAACCCCAUUAAACACAGGUAUAAUAAUGGGAUAGUUAUAACCGUAAUGCAAAGACAGAGCAAAAGGUUAAUCGAGUAUAGAAGUACAUAAAAAUGAUGAAGCAAGGAAGAAAUAAAGAGAGAAAGAGAGAGAUAUAUAUAUACACUAACACAUUAAAACAUAUUACAACAAAAGGAUAAAAAAGAAACAAAAAACACAUACAAAAAGGAAAUUGUUUUGAAAAAUCCUUAUCGAUAAAGCAAAUGCAAAGAAAGGCAAAAAUCUAAAAUGCAACAAAAAAAAAAGACACAUACAAAAAACGUAAAAAUGCAAAAUUAAAUAAUACCGCCACACACUACUAAUGUAGUUUGCAGCGCCAGUCAGUUUCCUUAUGUUUCCUACAUGCAGCACACAUCGAAGGCACAGAUUGUGUGUAUGUGAAGGUUAGAAUGUUUCAUUUGCCCCUUAUUUAAUUUAGAAACAGUGUUUCAUCCCUUCAAUCAUGUAGAUGAGUUUUCGUUCGGUUGAUUUUCACACACCCAGCCACACCUACCUUGGCGCAUUUGUUGGAUUUCAAUCUGCUACAGGUGGAAAUUUCGUGUAACGCAACGGAUACACCAAAUCCAAUUUAUAAAACAAAAACAAAAACGUUCUGAUAAACCGUCAAAUCUUGCACCGAAUUUUCUAUUCUAGUUCUAUAAACGGAGAAUGGACGAUAGUGAAGCAAAAUGAAGGAGCAACAAAAAAAAACCUUACACUUGAUAUUCUAUUUCCAAUUGUACGCGCACUGUCUCUUGUACUUAAAAAAACUCUCCAUUGAUACUACACACAAUCGAAGAACGGAAGGUGAAAAACGUAACAAAACAAACGAACAUUAUACAAUAUUAUCUAAGACACUCGGUCAAACUCCUUUACACCUCUGAACACAAUCACACACACGCACACACAGACAUGACACACAAUUUGAACUAAGUUUUUCACCUUCAAGCAAAAACUUUACAACACAGGCUGGCUAAUAAGACACUGAUAGAGAGGGAGGCGAUAAUUGCAACUAACACUCACAGUUUGAAAUAAAUAAAAAAAAAGAAGAGAAAGACAAACAAACGAAGAGAAUCAACAUCAAUUGAUAAGUAGACACAGAAAGGAUAGCAAAAACAAAAGCAACUAAAAACGUAUAAAAAUAUAUCUAUAUAUUUGAUAAUAGACACAAACAAAACAAAACGAAGAUGCAGCAAGCAGGUAACUGAACGAACAGAACGUCGUUUACGUAUACUCAAAAUCAGGAUAAGCGUUACAUCAGGAUAAGCCAACAGUGAACAGCUUCGAGAUGAAGCUGUUUGACAAAGCUCAAAGGCGAGCAUUUUCACAAACUUGCUGAAAUAAUUCAAGCUUACCCCACGUUUAUGAUUGGUCCGUUUUCAACACUUCGUUCGUUACUUUUGCUCGAACGAAUGUUUGUUUCUUUCUGCUUUCACUGUAUUACCAAAUAUUAAGGUACAGCAAAACACUCUAGAAACCCCCCAUACCACCGUAAAGUGUCCCGAUGUUUUCUGCGCUUUUGAAACAGCACCAUUUUACAACUUUACGGUUUUGUACGACGUUACACGCUGAAGCAAUGCAAAAUCAAGGGCCCUGAAUGUUGGGAAGCGGGAAACAAUCGAGAAAAAGUUAAACGGAUAGGUCGAACAUGCAAGCAUGGUCAAACAUAUCAGUUUUUGGAGCAAGUAAUCUUUUCUAUACACAAUUCCCACUUGCUAGGUACGUUGGAGAGAAUGGCGGAGUCUGUUUCGCGCGUGAAGCGGGGUCGGUCGAUCAAUCGACCGGCCGGGGUAUGGAUGGAUUAGGCGCUCCUUUUAUUCCUCCUCUCUUAUCAAAACCAACGCAACCUAGCCGAGACAGAACGUAGGUGGCGCGAAUCCCCUUACGCUCAUCAUAAUCUUUAAGAAAGGAUCAUGCUUCCGGUCCAUCUACGCGAUCCAUUGGUUUUUCAUGGCGUCGAGAGAGGAUCAGCGGGAAGCAUUCGUGUAGAGCAAUCACCUCAUCACCCUUAGAUAGGCGCAGUAUUAAAUCCCUGUUUUUCCCUACUACGAAACAUUUACUCAUUAUCAUACAACGACUUGUGGAUAUCCACACGAUACACUGAAUUUGUUGCCCUUUAUCCUACGAAUUUUGCAACAAUCCUAACCAAUGUCCUGUCAAAAGGCACACGCAAAACAGACAAAAAUGGCGAAUGGCAUGAGAAGAGCAAAGACACAAUACUUUAGCAACGUACUAACGCAUGUUCUGAAAGGAUUUGACUGAAACAGUUUCUAGAGCUAACGUAGGCACCGCUAUCGUUCCUUUAAGUUAUUUAGCGCAAACGAAAUGACUGGCGUGGAAAGUAUCCGAGAGUAUUGUUAAAGAUUAGAGCAGAGAAUGUUUGUUUGGAAUUAAGCACCUUGUUUCUCUACACUCGACACGCCGCCAAUACAUACUCCAACAGCUGCACAACCUUGUUCGUGCCCCUCUAGCUUCGCUCCAUGCAGCAGCUGACACGAGUUCCAUAUUCCGACAUGAUUUAGCACACUAGGUAUUUUAAAGCUUGCACACAAUAUGAGGCAAGUACACCAUUUAAACUACACACACACACAUACACAAACACAAACACACACACACACACAACCUCCAUGCCCGACAAACGAGUGGGGCAGGUGGGCCAAAUCGCAACCGCAAAACGACACAUUAUUUUCUUUACGGUCCUACUAUAUAGGCUAUGGCGAAAGUGAUACUAAGCGAAAAAAGGCAUUUGGAAAGGGAGCUUAUGAAUGAGAAAAGUAGAAAAAAAGAAUGACAAAAUAUCGAUACAUAGUAAAAAAGAAGCAAACAAAAGACCCACACAUACACACACACACACACUAGCCAGUGAGCGGUAUGACUAAUGCAACUGAAAUGGAAUACACAGGAGCGAACGGAGCAACAACAAUGCCACAAAAACCAAAAACAAAGAAAACUCACAAUUACAAAAUAUGGUAAAAACGAAAGUAUGUUAUAUAAUUUGUUAAGUUGUAGAAUUUGUAAAGACUAGUAGAGAGCAAUCGGGAUAAAAGGAUAAGCUAACAAAACAUGUUUGCAACAUUGCAACAGGACAAGAGCACACAAGGAGCAGCACAAGCACACGCGUACGUGAAUCACUAAGCCACGCGCAAACGCACGUGUUGUGUGGAAGUUAGAAGAGGAGGAUGUUCGUGGGGCUUUAUUAAAGCAACCCUAGCAAAAUGCAGCGUCCAUGCUCUCACGGUGGACAACAAGAAUAACUCAAGCGAAUCACCGUUUGUUCGUUCUGCUGCUCGGUCGAGUUCAUAAAAUAUGUAGCUGUGCAUAUAUAAGUACAUAUAAAUAUAUACAUAUAGAGACAUAAGUUAAUGUUACUGCUGGUAGCUGGUUAUGUUUGGGUGUUGAUUUGCGCUCGAGAAGGGGUCGUCAAUAGUGAGGAUGGAAGGAGAGGGGGGGGAUGGAGGCGCAAACCAUAUUCGAAUGUUUCUAUCCGUGUCCACCCCACAAAUCGAGGGGAUCGACAGUAGUUGACUAGAGGAGUAAGUGAUUGUUUCUGUUUGCUUUUGAAUUUAUGUUACCUACUAUUCGAUCGUCCAUUUUGCGUUGUUGCGAAUCACUAUGGACUAAACAAAAUAUAGCCAACAGAACACAAUACUAAGCAAAUACAAGAAGGUAACAAAACAAAACUGCUCCCCCUAAAAAAAAUAUAACUUAUACUGCGUAAUACAAGGAAUCCCAGACGCAUUGCGAAAGAGCAGUUGGUUUACGCAGUCCAUGGUCGAUGGUGCAUGGGUAAUAGGAACGAAUGAAAUGAUUAAAUUCAGGCUGACACUGACACUGAUUCACACAGCCACAAAAACAGACACUAACAAGUACACCCAUUUUACAAACUAUCUUAAACACAUACAAUAAUACUCACAUAUUAAUGUAGGUGAUGCUGGACACGAAAACCAAACCAAGAAUAAACUAAGACGCAAAUGUGUACAUUGAAAUGUGUUAGACAGGGGAAGGGGGGGGGGCAGGAUGAACGAACAAACAAAAUGAAAAAUAAACACAAACACACACUUACACGAAACUAAACAUUCUCAAACACACUUACACAAAAAGAGCCGAGAAAUGGUUUUUGUUGCUAACAAUAAAAGAAAUAAUUCGGAAGUAUUA